AGAAAUUUCGAAAUCAAUCGUGAUUACACACAAAGAAGAAACUGGAAUCAAAGAGGGAUUCGAGAAAUUUUUGAUUUCGUGAGAGAGCUUUGGAGCAGAAGAAGAAGAAGAAGAAGAAGGAGGGAAGCUAGGGUUUUCUUCAAUCAAAUCCAGAUAGAAUCGAUUCUAUUCAUCGAAAUUAGGGUUCCCUUAUUAAAUUAUCCAUUUAGUAAAGCUUCGAUUUCCAUGGCGGAUGGGUACUGGAACCAGCAGAGACAACAACAGCAACAGCAUCAGCAUCCUCCAAGUGGUCCUCCUAAACGUCCCCGUUCCGAUUUCGAAGCUCCACCAUCUAUAAUGACUUCAGGGCAUGAGAUGCACGGUGGUAGUGGUGGUGGUGGUUAUUAUCCGCGGGAUGAGGAUCUUGAUGUUCCCGAUACUAGAACUAUUGGUUCAGCUUAUGAUCGAUACCUCCAAAGCGUGCAAACUCCUUCUAUGCAAUCAGGAGAAGCUGGUUCUGUUUCCAUGGGAAGAGGAGGAGGAGGUAACGGUCAAACCAUUGAUGAUUUUAUGAUGAGACGUGGUGGAGUUCUUCCUCUAGACCAUGGUCUAAAUGGCCAUGCUAUGGGUUUUGAUCCACCAGAAUCUGUUGGUAGGCGUAACCGAGAACGACCUUUACCUCCAGAUGCAUCCAACACUUUAUAUGUUGAAGGACUUCCUCCUAAUUGCUCAAGGAGGGAAGUAGCUCAUAUAUUUCGACCUUUUUUAGGAUAUAGAGAAGUGAGACUUGUGACCAAAGACUCCAAACAUCGCAAUGGAGAUCCUAUUGUUCUUUGUUUUGUUGAUUUUACAAGCCCUGCUUGUGCAGCGACUGCUCUGAGCACCUUACAAGGUUAUCGAAUGGACGAAAACGAGCCUGAUUCCAAGUUCCUACGGCUCCAGUUCUCAAGAAAACCAGGUUCAAGACCAGGACAACGAGGAAGAAGGUGAUGGAUGACUCAGGGACAUUGUGGUUCCUCAACCAAAUGGUAGUUUAUUGUAUCUUGUCUAGCGGAAAGAUCAUCCAUCCGUAGAAAUCUCAAUUAAACCGCACAUUACAUCACUUGUUGUAUCGUUGAAGCAAACCUGAGUCAAGACUCGAGAGAAACAAAGAUGCGCGGAGAUUGUAGAAUAUGAGGUAAUAAUAGAACCUUAAAAAGGCUCUUAUAACAUAUAUAUAUGUAUACUUUUUGUUCCCUUCUUAGCUCAUGAGUCCUGUUAUUAAGUUGUGUUGUUAAUUUCAUAUGCUCAUUACUAAAAAGAUUGGCUUUACAUAUGAAUUGAUUCUUGUUUAUUUUCUUCUGAUGGAAUUUUUUAUAUGAAGAUGAUUAUCUCUGGCUAAUAUCAAUAAAAACAUUACAUUUGCUCUA